GGGAAGCAUUGGAGUCAACAUGGGCCAGCAUCCCUGUGGAACGCUUUCAACACUCUGUAGAGUCCAUGCCCCGUGUAAACUCAGUGUAUAUUUCACAUUGUAGGAGAACAGGAAGAGUGUGCUUUCUAGAAAGGGGGUCCACCCAAUGAGAUUCUUUAUUUAUUAAAUAUUUUCAGUGAUUUCUAUGGUUCUACCUAAAUGACUAGACUGUUUAAUCAGUGUUGGAAGUAGAGGAUUAUGGAUAGGAAACAGCAAACAGUCAUUCUCAGGAUGAAGCUCUGUGAUUCUGCGCUGAACCAGUAAACCUGGCUAUUACUGCAACUGACAUUUAGCGGCAGUUUGAACAGUCCCUUCCUUUAAGACAAUGAACAACAGGAUGAAAAAGGAGAUGAUCCUUAGUUGUCAGAACAAUGUAAUUCUCGUUAAGACAAUGCUUACUGCAGUUGACUCAAUCAGCAAUAUGGAAUUAAACACAAAUCAAUAGUGUAAUGAGGUUUUUUUCAUGCUCUGUCUCAGAGAUCAGUGAGUCCUGUGUGGCUCAGUUGGUAGUUCAUGGUGCUUGCAACGCCAGAGUAGUGGGUUUGAUUCCCACUGGGUCCAGUCUGGAAAGGUACCAGAAUGUGUGCCCUUGCUACUGUAAGUUGCUCUUGAUAAGGACGUCUGCUAAAUCUGUCUGACUCAACAUUACUUACUGCAGUGUUGACAAGCUUGUCAUUAAUGUCAAACUAUCAUUACAUUCUUGAAUCAAACAUUGGGAAUGGGUGUGUUUAUAAAAUUCCACUUCUUUAUGCUACAAACACUUUCUUCAUCUCAGUUGAUUUCCCAACCAUCUCAUUGUGGGCGGGGCCUCCAGGGGUGAGAGCAGGUAAGAGCUGGGAUCCACCUUCAACGUGACACACAACUACAGAGAGACCACACCACCACGGAAUACCUGAGAGGGACCGCACUGAGGUCCUGACUGCAGAGAGAGACUACCCCAGGCUGGCUAAGGACUUUCCCGUCUCCCCCCUGAGCACCUGGAGGCCUGGUACUCAAUGUGGAGGAACCUGAGUCUCAUCUGUUCAUCUGAAGAUCUACAAGAGGAGAGGAGAGCAGAGGAGAGUGUUUGAUGAUGAAGCUUCACCUGGUUUCUCCUUCCACUUGAGGGGAACAAGUUCCCCAGAAAACUGGAUGUCACGAGCGGAGGAAACAACAAAACAAAGUGAUUCACUAACUUGCCUCUUCGAUUCCUAAUCCAUCAAUUUGUCCACAGAGGAUCUCUAUCUCUGUUCCUUUACACCAUCAACAUGAGUGCUGCCUUCUCCCACCCAUUCGUAGAUCAGCGGCCCACUUACCUUAACAGAGGCAGCAUCCUGCCAUACAGACUGUCUCCCUCUAGUGGCCACUCGGAGAACCGCACCCACUCCCAUUCCCACCACCUCCACUCUGACCCUCUGGCCCACACCGUGCCCUUACUCCUCUACCCCACCACCAUGGAUCCCCGAGGCCUCUAUAAUGCCUCAUUCCGGGGCCCCCGAGGCCCCACCCUGCUCCCAUACUUAUCUCCCUUCCACCAUGGGCGCUUCGGGGUGUAUGAAUGCCCCUUCGAGCCGGCGUUUCUACAGAAGAGGAACGAGCGGGAGCGUCAGAGGGUAAAGUGUGUGAACCAGGGCUAUGCCAAGCUGAGGGACCAUCUGCCAGGGGGCACCAGUGAGAAGAGGCUCAGUAAAGUGGAGACACUCAGGGCAGCGAUUCGUCAUAUUAAAUACCUGCAGGGUCUGGUGGAGGGGCAGGGGAAAGGGAGAGAGGGGCAUGAAGAGGAACAGGCAUGCCACAGCCCCAGUUCUGCUCCAUGUAGGACAGAGGACUCGGGACACAGAGAUGGGGGGUCAACUCGCUCUCUCUCACACUCUUCCAGUAUCUCCCCGGGGGUAGACUGUGGGGAGACAGAGGGCUCUGGGACCUAGGGGAUUAUGGGUAGUGUCGUUUGUGAGAGGGACUGUGGAUGGACAUUUGUAGAAAGGGUGUGAGUACCCCCUCUCCAAGGACUGCUCACCACAACAUCACACCCUGAGCACAAAGAUGAAUAAUGUAAUACUUUUCCGCUUGAUACUGUGUUAUGUAUUGGCAAUGUGUAUUGUUUUGUGACACUAAAAUGUUGUACCAAACCAUUUUGGAAAUCUGAUUAUGUAAAAAAAAAAAUACACUUCUGAUUUUAAGAUCAACACCUGAAUCUCUGAGAGCAAUUCAUUCAAUAAUGCUUCUACACCUGCAUUGCUUGCUGUUUGGGGUUUUAGGCUGGGUUUCUGUACAGCACUUUGUGACAUCUGCUGAUGUAUGAAGGGCUAUAUAUAAAUACAUUUGAUUUGAUUUAAAUAAGUAUGAAAUGAGAAACUGAUCACUGUAGCGACACAUUACGGUUUGUUAUCAAAAUAAACAUUUUAUU